GAUAUCCACGUCAACGAGCUGCUGUACAUUUGCGUAUUCGGAGAAAGUCUGCUCAACGAUGCCGUCACCAUUGUUCUGUUCAACACCGUCUCCUCGUUGGUGACAAGUUCGACCGGAGGUGCAAAUCAGAUCACGAUCGGUGCAGCGGAGCGGAAUCGGAUGCGAGUAGUUGGCGGAUAUCUUACAGUGCUAUUUAUGAGAUUCCUCGUCACCUUCCAAAUCGCCCAGCCCAUCAACCUCAUCGCUUGCCCGAUCGUGUGCUAUUUGUUGACCGAAAGCAUGCAUUUAUCGGCAAUUCUAUCCCUCGUCGUAAUCGGUAUCAUCAUGAAGAACUACAUGCCGGGCAACGUCUCCGAUCCGAUGGUGUUUACGGUGGAAUACCUGCUGAAGAUGGGCUCGUCUUAUUCCGAAUCCCUCGUUUUCGUAUUUCUUGGCGUCUCCGUCGUCUCCUCGAACCAUCAGUUCGAUUUCUGGUUCGUCAUCUGUACACUGACCGGAUGUUUAGUUUUCCGGUUUAUAGUCGUCUACUUCCUCAGCUUCAUGGCCAACAGGUACCGCGCGGAGACGGAGCGAGCCGUCUGCUACGGUCUCGUCAUGGCCAUCGACGAAAACUUUUUCCCGGCUAAACAAAUGUUUGUCACGACAACACUGGUCGUCAUUUUCUUCACUACGAUUGUUCAGGGCUCCACCAUCAAGAAACUUGUCGAGUGGUUGAAGGUCAAGCGCAGCAAGAACUUUGGAAAAGAAUCCGAGAAGAAGCGGGUCAUCGACUACUUCUUCGGCGAGACCAACAAGCACCUGAUGUUCUACAUUGAAGACUUGAUAGCGCACCAUGGACAGAAUUGGUUCUUCCGAAAAUUCCUUGAGAAAGACCGGAAAUGGAUCAAGCCGUUUUUGGUGGCAAACUACAAGCAUUUGGAUUGUCAAAUUGUUGUGCAGCACCAGCGGCUUGAACUUGACGAAUAUGCUUGUAAUAUCAGAGGCCAAGGCGGCUCCUUCGCGGGUCUACCCACCGUCUCCUCCCUCGCCGACAUGCAGCUCCACCCCGGCCUCCCCAAGUCAAAAUCCGAGGCCCUACUGGCACCUCGUAUCCUCGACCCACCUGUGGACAUCACCUUCUCGCCGGAUCUUACGGAACGUUCCACGUUACUGCCGGUUCCACCUCCAAGCCAAAGAUCUAUCCCGAGAAACGAGAGCUUGUCCGGCUUCGUGCGCGAGGCCUUCGAGACUGCGGCGAUUCAACAAGGAAGGGGAUCGCUUCGAGACAAGGACUACGACUACGGAGACGGUCGGCGAAAUGGUUUCCGGCAACGGCGGCGCUCCCUCUACAGUCGUCACUUGCUGGACCUGGACUUUGAUGAGGAGCAACGUAGACUCGAAAUUUCAAUGCUUUUGGACCCGCCAGCCCCGGAAGAGUACGACAACAACAUGACCUAUCCGUACAAUAAAUUCACCGGAGCUCGAACGGCCAAGCAGAUCAAGGCUUAUGGGAAGAGCUUGAGGGAACGAGGCCCAGUCUCUCCUCGAAUCUUCCAGAAGCGUAACGGAAACGAUCAACAAUCGAGUGCUAGGGAUACGUCACCACCGCAACCCGCCGGAAUCCUGGGGGCCAGGCACCGGUUAUCACUGCCCACUCCGGACGAGAUCAACCUCAAGCGGAAACCCCCGAAAAUCUCAUUCGCCAUGUACGACGAGACGAUACCACCUAUUGAUCAAACUGCCCCACCGACGGCUAGGCAAACGCAGCGCAAAGUCUCCGGGGCGAAGAAGGUGUUCAUCGUCGGCUGCGACGACGAUAGGGCACUCAACCCAAUCCAAGAAGAACCGUCUUUCCUGUCGCCCGAUCGCCCUGAUCCGCGUCGGUGUCGCACCACUUCCAGCAAUAAU